AUGGAUUACAUUUCAAGUUUUGAUAUUCGACUUGCCAAAGAGAUCUAUUAUGCCGGUGAACGAAUCGGUGGCAGUGUUGUGUUGGAGAAUACGGAGAAUAUCAAGAUCAAAGGUCCGUUUUUGACGUGGUUCGUUUCCGCUGGACGUCCCGUCUUUUCCUAUAUGUCGACGAUCAUGGAAGAGGCUCAUUUCAAUGCCUAUUCAUGUCGUCUAAUCGUUUUUCCCUUCGCCAUCUCUGAAUGUGCCCUUCUAACGGCGAUUCCGCGAUUUGACGAUCGUCCAAUUUGGGCUCAUUUUCAGGAAUUCGCGUACUUCUACGGGGAAAAGUUCAUGCUACGUUGA